AUGGCUUUAUAUAAGCAUCUACCAUUGAUCGAAAACAUGAGGGCUAAACUGGAUCCCACAUUUUGUAGUUACUUGCUAAGAAUUAGAGAUGGAACAGAGAGAGAACAUAAUUCAAUUGAUAAGUCAGAACAAAACUUACAAGAGGAUUUUUUAAAUAGCCUAACUCCAAAUGGUAUUCCUCCUCAUGAAUUGAUGCUUAAGAUAAACUGCCUUGUAAUGUUAUUAUGGAAUAUUAAUAAUUCAGAAGGGUUAUGCAAUGUAACACGUCUUACUUGUCGAAAAUUUGAGAAGAACGUAAUUCUUGCUGAAAUUACAACUGGUGAAUAUUGUGGAAAAUAUGUUUUCUUGCCAAGAAUCCCUUUUAUACGUCUAAAAAGUGAUCAUAAUUCAAUUCAAUUUAAAAGAACUCAAUUCCCAAUUAGGCCGUGUUUUGCAAUGACAAUAAAUAAAGCACUAGGUCAAACACUAGAUUUUAUCGGUUUAUAUCUUCCACAACCAGUGUUUUGUCAUGGUCAACUAUAUGUAGCAUUAUCAAGGACAAAAACAAGCAAAUCUAUCAAAGUUUUACUUAAGCCAAUAAAUAGUGACAUUUACAUGAUAGAUGUACAAUAA